AUGUGCCGCAUCCAGUACCUGUACAACUUCGCCGCAGCUCUCCACUUUGCUGCGAAAAAAGCUGCAGGCGCUUUCACUGUUAGCUCUCCCGCGGGUCUAGGCGCUGGCACGACGGUAGGAUCUGGCGGAAACGUCGUGCACCCCACUUCAAACGCCGAGCUUGUGGCGUACCUGAACGACACCAAACCGCUUAUAGUUGUCCUCAACCGGACUCUUGGCUUUCAUGAAACUGAAGGCACGACCACCGAGGUCGGUUGCCGACCGAUUAAAACCCGCCAGUGCAUUGCGGCGCGCAACGGCUUUCAGGGUCAAGAUGUGAUCCCGUCAAAAGGUGGCAUGGAAAACACAGGCGGGUGCAUCAACGGCACAAAUGUGACGGUCACAAACGAAAACGCUGCUAUCAGACGCGUGCUCGUUCAAGACAACAAGACCAUCCGUGGUAUUGGCAAGAACGGCGUGCCGAUCGACAAGGGACUGUCACUACUCAACAACGUGAUCAUCCAGAACGUCCAUAUCACGGAACUGAAUCUGCAUUUGGUGUGGGGUGGUGGCGCGAUCUUUAUACCGGGCUCUAAUGGUGGCAUACGGUGGUCAACAACGUCUGGUCCGGCCACGUGA